AUGGAAAAGAAGAAAAUGGGAGCUUUGCUUGGAGUAGCACAAGGAAGUAGUAAAGAGCCUAAGUUGGUAGUAAUAAGGUGGAAUGGAGCUUCUAAAGAACAAAAACCGAUAGCUUUUGUGGGUAAAGGUAUAACAUUUGAUACUGGUGGAGUAUCGCUUAACUUGGCUUUAGCGAUAGGAAAAGAUAUUGAGUAUUGUGCAGUUAUUGACGUAAAAUCAGGAAAUAUUUUAUGGUCCAAGCCACUAAAGGUAAAAAGUGUAUCAGACAUUGAGUCAUAUUAUAGUCCACUUAUCCCUGUAAAGGAACAAAAAACAGGAGUAAUUGCAAGUUCAAUGGAAAAUGUUGCUGUUGAAAUUCGUCACUUACAAAGAACUGAGAUUGCGGAAAUUGCCGAAUAUUUUUCUACUGGACAGAAAGGAAGCUCUGCCAUGCCGCUCAGUCCAUUUGCUUCACAAAUUGGUUCAGGGUUAACAGGUGUUCUAUAUGUGCUUGAUGAACCAUCAAUAGGCCUUCAUCAAUGUGAUAAUGAUCGAUUAAUUGCCACACUUAAAAACCUGAGAGAUAUGGGAAACACCGUAAUCGUUGUUGAGCAUGAUGAAGAUACAAUAAUGAACAAGUAUUUCAUGAAUUUUAUCAACAUCAAGUGGCCAGCUCAGGUAUCAAAGUUUGCCGAUGGUGCGAUAAAUGCGGAAGUGGCUUUGAGCGAAACGCUUAGAAAGCGUGCCACAAGCUGGGGAGUGAUAACUGAAGUUGAAGCAUAUAUAGGAAUGGAUGACCCAGCUUGUCAUGCAGGCGAUUUUUGGCUUAUCGUCAAUCCAAACUGUGUUGUUGGCAAUGUUGGCGAACUUUAUUGGCAAUUAGAUCAUCAAGGAAGAUCUCGAAAAGAAGGAGUGUUGCUGGAGAUGUUUCGCCUUGUUCGACGUCAUGGCGAUGUUGAUAUUGUGGUAUUGGUACAUUGUGAUGGACCCCUUCGAUUGGCAAAUAGAUCAACAAGCAAGUUCUAG